CCCGGCGUCGUUGGAGCUGCUCGGCUGCCUGCAAUCCAACAUGGAGUAGAGAGAGAUGGGGCUCUAGCGGGGCCACCCCUCGGUACCGCAGCGACGACGCGCUUCUGCCUUUUUACGCACAGCUGGAACCGGACUCAUCGGCGACCCAAACAUGCGCUCUGGGACCUAAACACCGGAGUGUGUGUUAGUGUGUGUGUGCGUGUGUUUGGGGGUGGGAGAAAGGCAGAGGGGGGGGGGGGUGUUAUAGCGAGGGGAAGAGCUGGAUCCUCGCUACUAAAUCAUCCUGCAUUGCUUUAUCCGAACUGGAAGCGAUGGGGAACUUUUAGGAAACCCGCGAUCCAGAAGAACAGAACCUCGGGAGGAACGGUGUGGCUUCAGGAGGGGGGGGGUAGAAAGAGAGAGAGAAAAGUGAGGAAAAAGGAAGACUGAGCCCGACGCUCGCACAAAAGGCGCAAAAGGGAGGAAUUUAUGCGCAACUGGAGACCGGAUCGGCGGAAGAAUGACGAGCGAAAAGUGUGCAACCGCCGCGGUGCUCAACCUGAGGUGAUCCGGGACAAUGAUAGAAGAAACACACCCGAACGAUGACAGCUACAUCGUGCGUGUGAAAGCGGUGGUGAUGACGCGGGACGACUCGAGCGGCGGCUGGCUGGCCCAGGACGGGGGGGCUCUGAGCCGGGUCGGCGUGUGCCGCCUGCUGCCCCCCGAGCUGGCGCCCGCGCUGCCCUUCGGUUGCCCCCACUUCCUCAUCCGCGGCGAGCGGCUGCGGGACAAACAGGUGAUCCUGGACUGUCCGCUGAGGAAGGACCUCCUGUACACCGUGGCCACGCCCACCUUCCACCACUGGAAGGUGGAGGACAGGAAGUGCGGGCUGUCCUUCCAGAGUCCGGCGGACGCCAGAGCGUUCGAGCGAGGCGUCCGGAAGGCCAUCGAGGACCUGGCUGAAGGCUCCACGACCUCCUCCACGGCGCUGCAGAACGAGGGCGAGCUGGGAGACGACGACGUCUUCACCAACACCACGGACAGCUCGUCCAACUCCUCCCAGAAACUGGAGCCGCCAGAGCCCUCGCCCCCGCCGCAGAGACACAAGUGCCUGCUGGGACAUCGCCACGACCUCCACAACCCCUACUGGCUCCCAGAGGCCUACAGCGUGGACCAGCCGCUGUCUUGGCGUCCUCGCCAAGUCACCUUUCAUGAAGACGAUGAGAUCGUCCGCAUCAACCCCCGGGAGCGCAGCUGGGAGCGGACCACCGAGCGCCACUAUGGACACCCGUCGCACCGCUCCCUGCCCAAGGGCUACGAGGACUACCGGCACGCCACCGUGCGCGACAAGUUCAUCCAGACGGACUCCGACCCCUACCUCCACUUCGCCAAGACGGAGGCGGGCAAGCACGACUACACCUACCCGCUGGCGCCGGCCCUCUCGCCCUCGUACUCCGACCCCGCCCUCGAACCCUUGGACAACAGGGGCCACGGCGGCUCGUGCGUCGUGUCCGCCCAGCCCCGCUCCUUCCUGCCGAGCUCCUCCCACUCCGCAAACGGCGGUAAGGGGCGGAAGGCGGAGGAUGAGCCGGAGCGCGCCCAGUGCGAGCACUGCGGCGAGGCCUUUUACGUGGCCGCCAACCGGAGGGGGCGGUGCCAUGACGCGCCGGACCCCGUGCGGGCGUGCGUCCGGCGGGUCAGCUGCAUGUGGCUGGCGGACACCAUGCUCUACCACUGCAUGUCCGACCCGGAGGGGGACUACUCGGACCCCUGCUCCUGCGACGGAGGCGAGGGCGGCGGCGGGCGGCUGGGCUCGCGCUGGCUGGCUCUGCUCGGCUUGUCUCUGGUGGCGCCCUGCCUCUGCCUCUACCCGCCGCUGCACGCCUGCCACCGGGCGGGGCUGCGGUGCGGCUGCUGCGGCGGCCGCCACAAAGCGCUGAGCUGAGCGGGAAACAGACACCGAACAACCCAACGCAAGCACAGGGAAGGAUGGGGGAUGGUGGGGGGGGGCUUAUUCCAGACACUGAAAUAAGCCAAAAUGAAUAAACAGUUGGUGCAUUUAGUGACCGGCCUGAGAAGAUAAGCUCCCCUCACGGCAGACACUUCUCUCCACGAGGACAGCUCUCGUUUUCAGGGGGCCUUUUUUCAUCCUAUAGCUGACCUAUAUGUCAUGUAUCACAUAUGCAGGUACUUUAUACUUUGUACACUGAUAUCGGCGUCAAAGAACUUGAAUUGUUUCUUUUUUCUCUGUUUUUUGUUCUCCUUUUGAUGUAAGCUUGGCCAUUUUGUUUUAUAUUCUAUUCCAAUAUCAGGCUCAACUCCAGCUACAAGAGAAUCAGACACUAAACUUGUGUGUGUGUGUGUGUGUGUGUGAGUGUGCGUGUGUGGUACAUGUACGUGCUGAAAGUGUGCACCGAGGCCUUUCAUUGUGUGUGUUGCAGCUGAUGGUAAAGCUCAUACAACCGUGGUACUCAUCCUAAUCUAAAAUCCCAAAGAAUCCUGUUUUUAUUAUUUAUUUUCUCACUGAAUUGAUCCACCAGCCGGAGGAGAGGGUGCUGGGCUGUGAGGCUGCCACGACACUCCCCCCCCCCCCCCCCCCCCCCGCUCCACCUGUUCUCUCAUCAGUGCCUCGACCUGUCCGGCCUCUUUGAGGGCUUAUUCUACUUGACCAUCACCCAAAGUCUUUUAAAGGUCACUUCGCAUGAACCUUGAGGACUGAAAUCCAAAAGAGAGCCGGUGCCUUAAAACGUGGAGUCCGGCCCUCAUCUUCGUCUUCUGAAGAUGGCGAGAAGCCAGAGCGCUCUUAUAGACUUUGGAGGUUUUCAACUCUUGUCGUGAUGAAGAGGAACCCGUAAAGUGCGUGAAGUCCAGUUUGUGUGCGAUGUACAAUCAGCGACCCUCCGUAGAGUCCAGAACAUACGCAUUAAAUUAUAUAAAACGUCUCCGAAAAAGUCAUCAGAGAGAUCUUUAGUAGUUCAAAUGUUUUAUAAAAACCUCUUCUUUUACCAAUAAAUCAGUUUCAAAAGUUGUCUCAUAUAUAAAAGACGAACAAUCUGACACAUGAGAGCAGCUUAUCUUAGCUUAGCUUAGCUAGCUUAGCAUAAACACCAGAAAUCUAUCCGCGCUCUGUUCAACUGUGACAAAAUUCUCAUGCUGGUGCUUCUUAAACAAUUAACAGGUUACAUCUGUUAUGUACCAGAUGUUUGAAAUUGUUGCGAUGGGAAUUUUAGGUGAUGAGGCCCAACCAAGUGUUCAUUGAGAGCUAAAUGUAUCUCCAAUGACAUUAUGCUGCUUAAACCCGGCUCAUUUGCCAAUGGGAAGAAAAGCAAACAUUUUAAUGCAUUUUGAAAACAAACGUUUUUCACACUGCUAAUAGCUGAAGCUGAUGCUAAUAGCUAAAGCUAAUAUAUAAAGAUACUACCCUAAAGCUAAUGCCUGACGCUAAUAUAUGAAGCUAAUACCUAGAGUUAACAGCUAGAGCUCUCACCCCAUGAGAAUUCAGGUCUUGCUAGCUAUAAUAUACAAUUAUAGCUAGAUUAGCAUUAUGCUAAGCUGAGCUAACCAUCUCUUGCUGUGGUUUCAACAGCUUUGUCUCUAAUGUUGAUCUAAUAUUUAUAAGUUGUGUGUAUGUAGUUGUGUCUGUGUGUGUAUACGUAUGUGUGUGUUUAUAUACGUUUAUAUUUACACACAUUAUAUAAAUCUAUAUACACAGAUAUUUGUAUGAAUAGAUGCGCGCACACAGAUAUGUACGUGUGUACAAAACGCCAUCCCACCUGCGUGUCUUCAGGAGUUGACCAAUUCCACCCUUAACCUUUGUGUACGGGGUUGAGCUUUGAAGCAUUAAUAGAAUCUUUAUCUGAGAAGCACUCGGGUCCCGGAGACGUGUCUCCACCGCUGAUUGUUAUGCCAAGGAAAUGUCUCUAACUAGUGGAAAUGCAGAAUGCCUGAGGAUGUCCUUUUCCUUCGCUGGUUGUGUCAGUCGCACACAUCCUGUCCUCUGUACCUGUGUGUGUGUGUGUGUGUGUGUGUGU